CUGAUCUCCCGUCGAAUCGAAUCCACCUCAAGAUUGAAUCCCAAUGGAAGGAGUUGGGAGCGAAGCAUUGGCGCCACUUGAAAAGCUAAAGAACGACUUCUCCAAGGAACUUCAGUACUAUCUCGAUCGAUCCACGCCUCAUGUAAUGCACAGGUGGCUCGGGACGCUGGGAGUGGCGGCAAUAUACGUGCUGCGGGUUUACUUCGUUCAAGGGUUCUACAUUGUCUCGUAUGGCCUAGGGAUCUAUAUCUUGAAUCUCUUGAUUGGCUUCUUGUCCCCUAAAGUUGAUCCAGAGCUCGAACUCAUGGAUGGCGCUGCUUUGCCUACCAAAGAAUCGGACGAGUUCCGGCCCUUCAUUCGCCGCCUCCCCGAGUUCAAGUUCUGGGUACUCCAUAACCAAGGCGCUUGGUGUGGCAUUUCUUAUGACAUUCUUCUCGGUAUUCGAUGUUCCUGUGUUCUGGCCGAUACUCGUAAGCUACUGGAUCGUCCUGGCUUUCCUUACAAUGAAGCGCCAAAUCAUACAGAUGAUCAAGUACAGAUAUGUUCCUUUCACUGUUGGAAAGCAGAAAUAUGGGGAGAACCUGCACUCUCCAACCAACAGGAGACUAAUGGCUGACUGAAGAGUUUCUCUUUGUGACAAUGCUGGACAACCUUCCACGGCUAGUGUCCUCAAACUAGAAACUCCAUGAUGCCUAGUAGAUAGGCAAAUCGAUUGUUCACGGAAUUAAGAGGUCACUUUCUUGUUCCUCUCCUGAUUCUUUCAUAUUGGUUAACACAAUAUGCGUUCUGCUUUAGCAUUAGAUUCAUUAGACCAUAGCUUCCAGAGUUCUUUCUCCUUCAAUCACUGUAUCUUCGAAAAGGGAAUUGAUUCUCAAUGCAGAGUAUUGAUCACCAAACAAACCUUGCUCAUGUUUCAGCAUACAUAAAAUGUUUUGAGCUGUCAGUUUUCUCUGUACAUUUUGAAUGAUUAUGACCUAGUGCUCUGGCUCCGCUUUCAUGUGAUCUGGGAGCCGCUCUAGAGACUCCCCCAUUUCUGGAAUAGGAUAAUGUGUUUGUUUAAGUUGCAUUAUCACUUGCAUGAUUGUCUGCAUAACGGGGCGACAACUUGGGAGAGGCUAAGGUUAUGGUGAAGAGAACUAGAAGGACGAUUUUGAGGUGGGGGGAAGAAUCAAAGCUGCCAGACGAAUUACACUAAUCAUAUACGCUUAAUUGGUACAACUACUCUCCAACUACUUACUAAACCAUUGAUUAAAAGAAGAAACAAAUCUCCAGUAUAAAUGGGUAACCAUUGAGUUCACUCGACUUUGUCACUAACAAACACCCACUGAUUAAAAUACUAAUCAUGGUACAACAUGCUGUUAGCAGGC